AGCACCUAAAUGGGACCACAGAGGACAUGAGCGCACAGCUUUUAGACUUUGCAGUCCUGGUCUGUCAAUUACUCAAUACAAUUAGAUGCCGUAAAUGUGUCAUAAAUUGGGAUAAUGAUGGAAAAAACAGAUGCAUAUGAUCCGUACAGGCGACCAGCACGGAGAACACAAUGGAUAGUAAGCACUUUGGCGUACCACUAUGGUUUGGAUCGUGGAGUGGAGAAUGAAAUUAUUGUCCUGGCUACAGGGCUAGAUCAAUAUUUACAAGAGAUUUUUCAUCAUAUGGAUUGUCAGGGGGAUGGCAAAAUUCCUGUCGAGGAUUUUAAUGUGUUGUGUGAGAUUUUGGGACUAAGUAAAGAGACAGACUUGGAAGAGUGCGUUGGAUUAUUGGAUAAUCUUCCUAAAGAGUUGACUUUUAGACAGUUUCAUGCCAAACUCUGUGGAUAUUUCAGUACUAAAGCUGGCUGCCAGUACGAGAACGGACGUUUGUUGGUCGGUAAGGAGAGUGAACACAUCGAGACGCAAAUCCGUCUCCGGAGUCCCUUGCGGCGGAGAGAGAGGUCGCUCUCCACGAGCAUCAGUGGGAGAGGGAGCAGAGGUUCGUCGCCCGCUUUGAACCGCCGCCCCUCAGUGUGCAAGCAGGGCUCUUGUACUAAGGAAUGCUAUGAAGAAAUUGUGGCACUGGAAGAAGCAGAGGACAAGAUAGCUAAACUUGAGGAAGAAAACGCAAGUUUGAGAGAGUUAGUUGAGGAUAUGCGCGCUGCUCUGCAGAGCAGUGAUGCUCGAUCAUUGGCUCUACAGGUUGGUCUGUGGAAGAGCCACGCCAAACACAGGCCCGAGUCAGGCUGUUUCAUCGCCCACCAGAAGCUGGUCGCCCAGAAGAGCGCCAGCAGCACCAACCCCUCUCCAAAAAGCCUUCAGAGCUUCCUGCGCGAGAUGGACAUGAUCCGGAACUCGCGAGACGCGCAGGUUGAGGAGGCCAUGCUCUUCAACCAGAAGCUGGAGCAGGAGCUGUCACGCUCCCGGGACGCCGUCGCCCUGCUGGAGGACUGCAACCGGAAGCUGAAGAGGGAGCAGCUGGAGAUGAGGAAGAAGGUGGAGGAGGCCCGGCAGGCGGUCAUCACCGGCCUGGGAAAGGUCAAGGACCUGGAGGCCAAGGCCAGGCACGUGCCUGUGCUGCAGCAACACAUCCAGCAGCUGGAGAUGGAGCUGCUUUACUACAGGUCAGAGGUGUCCAAAGUGACUGUGCCUUUCAGCAGUGCUAUGGACCAGCAGUACCGGGAGGACAGGAGGUGCUGUCUGGACUCCCGACAGACACGCCACUCCCCCACGGGCCACGCAGAAACAUCUCCUGACAACAUGGAGGAGCAGCUUUUCCGCUCUGUGGAGGGACAGGCCGCGUCGGACGAGGAGGAGGACAGGUGGACGGGGGAGCAGCAGAAGCAGGUGGACGAGGUGAAGAGGAUCCUCACCAGGCUGUCCUGCUGCGGGGACAGGUGUGAUGAGAAAGCUGUGAAGCGGCUGCUGUCUCACUUUGAGGGCUCGCGCAGUGAGGAGAGCCAGAGCGCUGUGCUGGAGCUGCUGGAGAGGGUCACCCGCCUCAACAAGCAGCUGGAGCUCCGCGAGAGCCAAGCCAGGAGGAGUGACCUGGACAUGGACCAGGUGAAGGACGCGCUGGUGCAGGAGCUGCAGCAGAAGGCGGAGGAGACGGAGCUUCUGCACAUGGAGCUGCAGAUGCUGGAGACGGAGAGGGUGCGGCUGUCACUGGUGGAGGACAAGCUGGUGGAUGUGCUGCGGCUACUGCAGCAGCUGCGUGACCUGAAUGUCUCCAGGAGGUCUCUGGGAAAGAUUCUUCUGAGCACGUUGGAGUCUUGCAGCGACCCUCAACACGGGAAGGCUCACAUCCUGGAGGUACUUAAUGCCCUAUAUCAUGAAUUGGCGGCAUGUGAGAUUCUAUCCAGCAGCGUGGCUCUGGAGCGGACUCAGAGUCACCAGUCGCUCACAAACGCUCUCCUCAUCUCCUGCUGAUCAGCACUGCCACCUAGUGGAGGAGGGUAUGGACUACAGGCUCUGAAAUACCUUGGUCUGCUUUGCCCCCAGACACAAUUUGCCAGUCAGCUUAAACGUGGUGGAAAACUAAGACAUGUUUGUCUGUGAAACAGAAAUAAUGUUUUUUAUUAUCCGCGAAACGAUAAUGCAAUGGCAUUCAUUUAAGGGCAUUUCAGAUAUUGAGGGGAAAUUUCCCUCUGUGUGUAAAUUGUGUUUGACAAGAGAUGCUUUCAUAGGUGACAAUAUACUAUUUCACACCUCAAACCUGGACAACUGUCAUAUUUGUGAUAGUUUCACUUUCAAACAAAAAAAAUCACUAACAAAUUUUCAAUAAAAGAUACCUGUGGACAAUGAUGCCUGGUCGCACCUUGUAAAUAAGACUAUCGGGCAUCAUUACUUAUGUCAUGGUACAUAUUUUUCUAUUUGUUUCAUAUACCAUUUGGUAUUUGUUGUUGGUAAUGUGAUUACUGGGGAAAUUAAAAACAGAUUGCAUUGAAAGUACAGGGAAAGACAAUAAGCAUUCAACAUUAGCAAUUUUGUGAAGACGUUGCCGCUGUGAAUUUUUUUUUCCAUACAUGCAUGCACCUUUCACAUUGAAUAUAUGUAUUAUUUGAUAUUAAGAUUUAAUUUGAUACCAUUAUUUUAGUAAGAUUUUUUUUAAAAGAAUAUACUGGUGAUGUUAUUCAAUGUAUAUAUUAUAAACAGUUUGAGUUGGUUUUGGAGGAUGUCUUUGUUACUCAAAACAUAAAGACAGAGCAUUCAGUCAAGAGACGUGUGUGGUUUUGGUUCAUUAGUAUCCAUAGAGCAUGAGUUUUCAGACUGAAUAUGGGCUGGGUGUAGAAAUCCUAUUGUUGCCUACAAAAGGACUCAUUUAUUUGGGCAAAAAUGAUUAAGACUGCAUGAUAUGUAUAAUGCCAUUAUGAGACAUAACUUGAGGCGUUUUUGAUGUUUUAAUUUUAUAUAUUUGUUUGUUUCUUUGUAUUUGUUUGUCCUUUUGUUUGUUUGUUUUCAUUGUGAAAUAUCUCCAUUCCUCUUGUACUGCGACUGCGUCCACAUUGACAUGUUUACAACUGUGUAAUCCAUUGGUUAGAUCUGACUAUAUUGCCAGGUGAUUUCUAGGCACUUGAGGUAGCUAUUUUAUUAAGCAAGCUUAAGAAUACAGUAUUUCUUAAAUGUAAGCUACAAUUUACUGAGGCUCUUUAACAAGGUUCUUUGGCAGAAAAUACAUGCUAAGUAUUGGUGUCAGGGAAACAGCCAACUAAAACCAAUAACUAAUGAUGUGUGUGAACUCUGUAGCGCUUUUUCACAAAAAUAUUUGUAUUGGCGUUCUGACACAGACUCUCAAAAGCACUCAUUUAUUUGUUACAGGCCUGUAAUGUACACAAUGCUAAAUCGACCUGUCAUUUCAGUUGUCUUUUUGUUUUAUUGUUAGCCUAGGCUACUGUACAAGUAGGCUACAUGUUGAAAAAUAUGUUCAAUAUUCAUAACCAAUGAAAAGAUCAUGUGAUAUAAUGUUGAGAAGAUAACACAAAAAAUAUAUUUAAUAUGUCAUAGCUUGAGAAGUGAUUCCAGUUUUUUAUGAAAAUUAUGUUUAAUUUGACUUUGAUUAAAGGGUCAAGUGUAGCAACUUUGUAUUUUCACAUGUAGUCAUUCUUUGGAAUGUUUUCUCAAGGGAUGAAAGUAAAGAAUUACUGCUCUACUUUU